UGGGAGGCGCUCUGAGUGGACAGCUAUUGAGCGGGGUCCUGUCCUGGCCGUGUCGCUCUCGGUUAUUGCGGACUCUGCCUGCAGCUGGCGGCCUCUCAAUAUGCCUUCGAUUAAACUCCAGAGCUCUGAUGGAGAAAUAUUUGAAGUUGAUGUGGAGAUAGCAAAACAGUCUGUGACGAUCAAAACCAUGUUAGAAGAUUUGGGCAUGGAUGAUGAAGGUGAUGAUGAUACAGUUCCACUUCCAAAUGUUAAUGCUGCAAUUCUUAAAAAGGUGAUUCAGUGGUGUACUCACCACAAGGAUGACCCUCCUCCUCCGGAGGAUGAUGAGAACAAGGAAAAGAGAACAGAUGAUAUUCCAGUAUGGGAUCAGGAGUUCCUCAAAGUAGACCAAGGAACACUAUUUGAGCUAAUCCUGGCUGCAAACUAUUUGGAUAUCAAAGGUCUGCUUGAUGUGACAUGCAAAACAGUAGCAAACAUGAUUAAAGGUAAAACUCCAGAAGAAAUUCGUAAGACUUUCAACAUUAAAAAUGACUUUACGGAGGAAGAAGAAGCACAGGUUCGUAAGGAGAAUCAAUGGUGCGAAGAAAAGUGAAGUUCCUGGUGCUUUCUAAUUCUCUAACACACUGAAAGAAUUUUCCGGUUGCUGUUGCACUGCACUGUUUUGUAAAUGUUUAAUAUUUGGAAAAUUCAACAAAAGGAAAAAAAACACUUAGCAUAUUUAGUUGCAUGACGUUUCCUUACUUGUUCAGAGCCAUAUGUUCUAGGCUUUACCUUGUUAUUACUCUAUAGGAUUGGAAGUGACAUCCAGCUUUGCACCACACGAUUCAUUGUAGGAGUCUGACUUCAAGAGGAUUAGAAUGCCUGUGUGUUAUUAAAUAGUGUGGGCUAGACAAAAAUCCUUUAAUACUAUGGGCACGUCUGAUUUUCAUAUAAUCUAGCCUAGAAGGCAAAUGAAGACAGGCUAUGCAUUAAGGGAGUUUUGUUCAGUAAUUAAUGACAGCAAGUUCAAUCUGUUUAAAUGAUUGAAACUAGAAUUUGAUUCUUUACCAAGAAUAGCUGUAGAAUAAUUGAUAGUAGAUUUACAGCAUGAAGAGUAUAGCCAGAUUAUCCAUGGUAAUUUUUUAAAUUGAGAGUUUUUUUUUUCCUUUUUGUGACCUAAUUUUUGGUUUAAAGUUGUAACCUCCAAUUUUGUUCUUACUGAAAUCUUUUGCAAUCUCUUUAUGGGUUCAAGUACAGAACACAUACUUUGCAUUCCAGUGAGGAUUGUGGCAUGCUUUUAUAUCAAAGGAUCACUGUGGGUCUACUUUCUAAUGUGGUAUUUAUAUUAUGAUUUUUGAACUUUUAAAAGUACAACUCUUCUGCUUUAAGAAGGUUUCACGUCCUUCCACUCGUUUUCUCUCUUCUACUCGUUUUCUCUCCCCCACUGCAUUAUCCUGUUAUUUUCUUGGAUGGAUGUAAUAAUCAGAAGUACUGUAUAUUUAAUUGGCCUGUGAUGCUACUGAAAGAGCCCUUAGUAAAAUCCCGAAAGGAAUUUGUUGUCUUCAAACACAGAUGCCCUAUGGUAAAGCCCACUCCAACAGAUUGGACAAAUGCUCCAACUUUCAAAGACUGUUUUGUGAUUUAGAUUUGUUAACUUCUUACUUUGCUGUAUAAUGUAUAUGACUGCAAACACAAAUCAUUAAAAUACUUUAGUUUCUCUGUCUGUAAUUACUGUUAUUUGUGUCAUUUGGUUGUUUAAUAAAAUGGGUCUAUAAAUUACAUUUAAAA